CCGGAAACUCCACCCCCCCUCUCUCUAGAAAAUUUUUCCAAUUUUUCCUUUUUUUUAAUGAUCUGCACGUCUUGGCAUGAUUUCAUCAAUACCCAGAUUUAUUUAUUUGGCCACGCCCACAUGGGGCAAAGCUUUAAGAAACCCCACGACUUGGAUUUCCUUUUCUAUUCCUGUUUUUUUUUUUUUUUUCAUGUUCUUUGCUUUUGAGAAUUUAGUAAGUGAUCAGCUCUCGUGCCUGGAGGUCCGAGGUGUCAGACAUUAAAAACCGAGGAGGGGGAAUUGGAAUAGAAGCUGUGAGGAGUACCCUGAAGACAGAAGAAUUCCCCUCCUUCAUUUUUCUUGAGGCUUAUUUUAUCGCUCCCUCAGAUCCUCCAAGGCCUUGGAAAUGGUGAUGCAGAGGGAGAGAGAGGGAGAGAGGGAGUGAAUUGAAUCGAAGUUCCCUUAGAAGGGGUCACAAUGUGUUGGGUGAAUUUGGUGGGAGGCGUGCAAUCUCUCAGCAGAAACCAGUGCGGGCGCAAGAAGACAAGGCCGAUGUUGCUGCAUAAUACGGACGAACGCGACCGGGUGUAGCCGAAGAGAGAAACGACAGGCCUCCGCUGGGAAAUUUUCUCAAAGGCCGUCAUGGAUUGUAGCACGAGCAGCUGUUCUUGUAGUUGUUGUCGUUGGCGUUCCUUCUUCAAGAUCUCCUUCUCCUUCUCCUUCUCCUCGUCGCCAAUCAUUCCCAUUUUUGUGCUCUUCCUCCUUGUCCCUUCUCCCUUCUUUUGUCAUGCUCGUUCGUCCGAGACCGCCGCCUUCCGCGCCGCGAACCGGACUUUUCGGCCUGGGGAGGAGCUGCAGAAGCUGAAGAUGAUAAAGGCUCGUCUCCGGGACAUCAACAAGCCUCCCCUCAAAACAAUUCAGAGUCCUGAUGGAGAUAUAAUAGACUGUGUUCCGUCUCACCAACAGCCAGCCUUCGAUCAUCCUCUCUUAAAGGGACAGAAGCCAUUGGAUCCGCCGGAGAGGCCGAACGGGCAACACUCAACCGCAGCGGCCGCGGAGACGUUCCAACUAUGGAGCGUGUCGGGCGAAGCGUGCCCGGAAGGGACGGUGCCGAUUCGUCGGACGAGCAAAGAGGACAUGCUGAGGGCUUCUUCAGUUCAGAGGUUUGGUAAGAAAGUGAGAAGACAUGUCAGGAGAGACACCUCAAGCACUGGACAUGAGCAUGCGGUAGGGUAUGUGAGUGGAGAUCAAUACUAUGGAGCCAAAGCAAGCAUAAAUGUGUGGGCACCAAAAGUGGCUAAUCAAUAUGAAUUCAGCCUCUCACAAAUGUGGGUCAUCUCUGGCUCUUUUGGCGAUGACCUUAACACCAUUGAAGCUGGUUGGCAGGUUAGUCCAGAACUGUAUGGGGACAGCUAUCCGAGGUUCUUCACUUACUGGACUACUGAUGCCUACCAAGCAACAGGAUGUUACAACUUGCUGUGCUCAGGAUUUGUCCAGACCAACAAUAGGAUUGCCAUUGGGGCAGCCAUUUCUCCCACAUCCUCUUACAAUAGUGGUCAAUUUGACAUAAGCCUGCUGGUUUGGAAGGAUCCGAAGCACGGGAAUUGGUGGCUCGAGUUUGGGUCGGGCGUCCUGGUUGGGUACUGGCCGUCGGUACUGUUCACCCACCUCAGGGACCACGCGAGCAUGGUACAGUUUGGCGGGGAGAUCGUGAACUCGAGGCCAUCGGGCUUCCACACGGGCACCCAGAUGGGGAGCGGGCACUUUGCCGGCGAAGGGUUCGGGAAAGCCUCCUAUUUCCGCAAUUUGCAAGUGGUGGAUUGGGACAACAACCUCAUCCCUUUGCAAAACCUCCGGGUCCUGGCGGAUCAUCCGAGUUGCUACGACAUUCAAGGAGGGAUCAACAGAGUUUGGGGGAACUAUUUCUACUAUGGAGGGCCCGGAAGGAAUGUGAGGUGUCCCUAAAAAGUUGGGGUCGUAGGUAAAACCAGAAAAAGGUCAAAG